AGACCUAUUCAAGCCCUACGCAACAGGCGCUCUCACAAGGUGUAUUGUUUAUACACUUGGUAUGGUUUUGUUAACAUAGACGUGGAUUGAUACCUCGUUACUGGCGAGCCAUUUGCUUGGGAAAUCGAUUUUGAACAGAUUUGUUUGGUCUCAACAGGUGUGUACCACAGGGAGCAAGAUACCACAGAUGGUGUCUGUGUCCAGAAACGAGAGGAAAAUCCAAUCGUGCUACCAGCAUGCUAGAGUUACAGAAUAUGUGAUCAGGACCAACAAAGGCACCAGCCCAUAAAGGGAACAACAGCUGACAGAAACGUUCUCCAACACCAUAUCUAUUCCCUUCAAUGGCUGCUAAAGAAAUCAUUCCCGGUUGCGCAGUGUGUCAAAAGCCAUACGUCUAUGACACUGAGGGUCCGUUUCUGUUUCCGUGUUUGCAUUCGGUCUGUGAAAACUGUCUAAAGUCCGAAAAUGACAAGACGCUUCUCUGUAGUUCCUGCCAGGAAACGUUCCCCAAAUCUACCUUCCCAAUAGAUUAUGUAACCAGAAAGAAGACCCUUCUCUCCACGAUUGUACAUAACGGCAAUGAACUGCUGUGUACCAACAGAGAAGAUGGCAACCAGGCAAUGUCUUGGUGUCAAGAGUGUGAAGCAUUUCUCUGCGAACAUUGUCACGUGGCACACGGGGACAUGAAAGCCACACGCAAACACAAGGUGAUACUCGUGCAGGAUUUGACAAAUUUUCCCCAAACUUUAAAAUGUAUGUCUUACUGUGACCAGCAUGCACAACAUCCUGUCACCCUCUAUGAUUCCAGCUGUAAUGCUCCUCUUUGUGCCAUGUGUGUUCUGGCCGAACACAAGAGCUGCAAGACAGAGGACCUAGACGCAGCUUGGGAAACACGUCGAACUUUCCUUGAAGACAAAGGAGUUGCAUUGAGAGCAAGGUUGGACAUGAUGAAGGAGUGCCGAUCACUCCAGGAAGACAUUGGUGAAAGACUGAAGCCACAACAAGAUGCUGUUGAAGAGGUCAUCAGAUGCACCUUCCAGAAGUUGCACCUGAUGUUGGACCAGAGGGAAAUAGAGUUACAGACCGAGAUGGACGAAUCCACCAAGUUCCUCACGCAGAGAAGUGAUCACCAACUAGUUACUCUUGAGAGCGAAGUUGACAAACUGACAAUGAACCUUGAAUUUAUUCAAAAGUCCACACUUUUCCCAAAUCCUGUUGAACAUUUUGCCAUGAAGGACAUAAUUGACAAAAGAAUUAUGGUUGCUGCCGAAUCUGAAAUUCCUCGAGUCAACGGUCAGGAGUAUUCCAUCACUUUCUCCAGAGACGGCCUCCGUGGGUUGCAACAACAAAUUUCUUCUUUCGGAGGAUUAUUGACCAAUCGUAUCAGAUCAGGUAAACCUCUGUGCUUCAUAUAAAAUAUAUAGUGUGCGUAUUCAACCCUU